AUGUACCUUCAUUGUCCUCUUGGAUGCGGAAACCAGCGAACCCAAACCGUGGCGCUGUCAUCGGGCAUGUCAUCCGCACCUUGCAUCGCCGCCGCCGCGAGCUCCGCCGCUCCGGGAGAUCCGCCGAGCCCCGCGGCGGAGCGCAGCUCGCCGAGCGCAGCUCGCGGAGCUCCGCUCGAGCUGCGUCCGCCAGAAGGUCUCCGCCUCAUGGCCUCCUUUGAGGUGGCACUGCAGGAAGUCCAGAAACAGCAGCGUGAAUCUUUGGCACGGAUGGACGUGCUGAAGCAGCAGCACCGCGACUGGCAAGCAGCUGUUGAGGAGUUGCUAAGAACCGUGGAGCACGUGUCGCGGUUCAAUGGCGAUUUGACCGCAGCGCGUGCGCCGGCGGGCGCGGAGCCGAGCUCCGAUCCGAGGAGCAGAUCCGCUUCCGACGGAAGCGUCGCCAUGCUGUCGGAGGAGUCGACCGAGGAGGAGACGGCUGGCAGCCGGCAGAGCACGCGCUCGAGGCUGAAAAGCUUGAGGCAAUCUAUGGUCGGAGGGAUGCCGAAGAUUCUGGAGGAUGUUUGGGUGGACUUUGCACCCUCUGAAAGCAAAGCCAAGUUGACCUGGUGGGAGCAGCGCCGUCGCUACAUGGCGAAAGUGGUGGAUUCCAUCACCUUCGAGUAUGCCACAGGCCUGCUGAUCUUGGUGAACAUAAUCUUGAUCGGUGUCGAGGCAGAGAUGUCGGCACAGCACCGUGACACUUCUUGGGCGACAGAGCUGGAACGGGGUUUCUUGACCAUUUACACUGCCGAGCUCCUGCUGCGCUUUGUGGUCGGGGGAAUGCCCAUGUGCCGGAACGCCUGGUUUUUGUUGGACUUCUUCCUGGUUUGCAUUGGCUUAGUGGCGCUGGUGGUCGUGCCCUUGGUGGAGAGUUCUGCAUCCCUCCAGGAGGGCUGGCAGAACCUCCUCCUCGCGCGUGGCCUGCGGCUCCUGCGUUUGGCGCGCGUCUUUCGGACCUUGAAGCGUUUCAAGGUGGUUUGGCGCCUGGUCUCGGGCCUCUUGUCGGUUUGGGACACGAUGGCCAGCACGACCUGUUUGAUCCUCCUGUGGCUCUACAUCUUUGGCUGUAUCGCUAUGGAAGUGAUCGCCAGCGAUGAUGAGCUGAAGGCCAACGAGCGCACGAGCGGCGUGGUGUUGGACCACUUCAGCAGCUUGCCACGGGCCACCUUGACCUUGCUCCAGUUUGUCACCUUGGACGCCAUUGCGAAUGUCUACUUCCCCUUAGUCACCGUGAAGCCGGUGCUGAUCAUUUAUUUUCUGCCCUUGCUGAUGUUUCUGUCCAUCGCACUGAUGAAUCUCGUCACUGCGGUCCUGGUGGAGCACGCGCUGGAGCAUGCCUCACAGGAGGCCGAACUGGCAAAGCUCAGAAAGAAACAACAAAUCAAAGCCACGUUGCCACAGCUCUUGGAAAUCUUCGGAGGCCUCGACGCGGAUGGGAGUGGCUUUUUGACGAAAGAAGAGGUGGCUGGGGUUCCGCUGGAUGUGCUACCGCCCAAUGUUCUGGAGCAUGUCUCAGUGGACAACAUGGAAGACCUCUUCGAAAUGUUGGAUAUGGAUGGCGGUGGCAGCUUAACCCAGGCCGAAUUCCUAGAUGGGCUCCUGAGCCUUCUGCUUUUGGACAUCCCUAUCUGGGCCAUACAGUUGCAGAAGCUCUUGAUGCCCAUGCGGAAGAACACGCUGCAGAUCUCCAAAGACAUGAGCUCCAUGGUGCAGAUGGCCCAUGAGAUGCCAAACAUCAUUCAGAUGUCAAAGGACAUGCAGCUUGGCCAGGGGUUUCCUCGGGCUUUGCGACACGGAAUGACGCGCAAUGACACGCAGGACGAUAAGAUCGAUCAGCUGAACGCGGAGCGCCAGCGGAUGUGGGAGCUUCGCCGCGGGGCGCAAGCCGAGGCCUACAAGGCGCGGGAGGCCGUGAAGACGGAGAUCCUCCGACAGCGCAUCGCCUCCGCCUUCGAUUCCAAGAAGUGUUUCCAUGAGCUUCGGGACGUUUGUGACGUGACCGGGACGACCAGCUGGGACGACCAGCUGGGACGACGCCAAGGAGAUGUUCAGUUACUGGUGAAAGGGGGCAGUCCUCCGCUUUUUGAAGAGCUGGGCCCUGGGCCCGGAGCGCCCCCACCACCGGCCUUCGUCCCGGGUGGUCCCCCACCGCCGGAGACGGACACCGACAUGCCGGAGAAGGUGGCGGGGAUCGAGGUGUUGGGCGAUGAGCUGUGGUUCUCACACGUGCCCACUCGCCGGUCCUUGCGGGAACGAGUCAUCGCGGCGCACGCGGCGCAGAAGAUCUUGGUGGCGAGCCCCGCCACCGAGAUCAAGCGAAUUUGUCCGGGUCCGGGGCGAAUUCUGGGCGCUGGAGCCGUUCUACGGCUUGGGGGCUCGCUGUUAGGCGGCUACGGGGAGGCAGACAUCAACUACGCCUACCGGCAGCUGUCUCGAGCUCUGCAUCCAGACAAGAACCCCGACAUCCCCGAGGCGCACGACGCCUUCAAGCGCCUCACGGACGCUGCGGCGGAGCUGAAGGAAGGCUUGGAAGAGCAACGCUCCGUGCUCAGGGCCAUUUGCCUCGUGAUGGGCGUGGUGGUGACGCCCGAGAUGACGGAACGACCGCAAGAGGCGCUCUUCGCGGAGGCCACCAGGCUCUUGCACGCCGUCCUGGCUCUAACUGGAGAGGGGGAGGUGCCUGGGCCGGCGUUGUCCCGGUCUUUGGUGGCCUUCACCGCGUCCACCAGUUGGACGAACUGCCGACCGCAAGUCUUGCUUUCGGAAUGGUUCGACUCCAAUCGCUUGUUGGACCUCUUUGGUUCGGCCUCGCUACGCACGGCGUAUGAUUGCGCCCCACGGCGGUAUCGAGCGCAAUUUCUUUGCGCGCUCAAUCGUACCACUAUGGCAGAAGCCAAGAGGAACAACGAUUGCGUGCGCGGAAAUUGGCAUCCAGUGAUGAUGCAAUACCCGGAGAUUGCGCUGUGGCGCGACCUCCGGGACAAGAUCAAGCUCCGCGUUUGGACGCCGGAGCCCGUCGAGGAGAAAACCAAGCGGCGAGGCAGCAUGUGGGAUGACGAGGAGGGCAAGCGCACCUCGAACUGGGCCACGACUUGGCGUGAGAGGAUUCGGAAGGUUUUGCCGCGUGGCAUCGAUGGCUUCGUCAACGCCGGGGAUAAAGAGGUCCGGCUUAUGGUUUCGGCCUUGUGGCAGGAUAUCUCGGACUGGGUGCAGACCGAGGAGCAAGGGCCUCGCUUCCUGAGCCUCUUUACGGCGGAGCCUCCACAGGCGCCAGAUGGCACCGAGGCUCCUCAAGUGGAUCAAUGGGCCUUCAUUCCAGCGUCGGAUCUCCUCUUAGUCGUCGGGGAGGGCAUCGUGGGGAUCAGCGCGGAGGGCUUCGGUGCCGCGGACGCGAAGCCCGGCCACGAAAGGAUGAGCUUCGACGAGGCGAUGGCUGGAAAGAAAGAGAAGGUGAAGGAGGUGGAGAAUGAUGAGAAGGAGAAGAAGAAAAGCAAGGACAAGGACAGAAGUAAAUCAAGAGAUGAUAAAAAGAAAGAUAAGGAUGGCAAGCCCACAAAUGAUCCAGACUUCAACUGGGAGAAGGUGUGGCGCGAGCGAGUGCAAAUUAGCAAGCAACGGCCGCGGCGUUCGCCGCCGCCCGAAACACGGUCCGACAACCGGCGUUCCCGCUCGCGGCGGCGUGGACGCUCGCGCUCGAACCGGAGAUCCAGGUCGCGCGAGAGGCGCGACAGGCGGCGGCGCCCCGUGUCGGGGUCUCGAUCCUUCUCUCGGUGACCGGGACGGAGGUGGCUUCGCAGAUCAUCUUCGUGCAGCUGAGGGGCGAAAGGAAGUGAAGGUGGACCGUGGAUGAAUGUAAUUUCAC